GUUGGAGUCGGAGCAGGAAUUCCCGCGGGCUGCCGGGCCGAGCGGGCGCAGGUCAGCGCUCUUUGAUUCCGACAAAGGGCAGCACGCGGUGGGCCGGCCCGCUCGCCUCGGAACAGCAGGAAAGCCCUUGUAAUUGUGUUUUUAUGUGUUCGGGGAGAGGCUUUGUCAGCUUUUGUGUGCUGAUGUAUGUGUUUAUUUGUGUGCCCGUGGCAGCUUUUCUGCCUAUUUUGUUGUCCGUCUGAGAAGAAAAGGUCAUAAGAGCACUUUUAUUUUGUCUAAACGCGGACAGUAGUGGUAAACUCUAUUUCCAAGCGGUAAAUUGACACUAGUUGCUGGAUUUGUGUCAAAUAAUGAACAACUUUUGAUAAGACAUCAUAAAAGCCAGAUGUUUGUUUAGCCUUUAACAUUAUAAUAUACCGGACUUCUGGUUGAAACUAAGCGAGAGAAAACAGUUGAGGAUUAUAAGGGAAAGUCAAGCAGUGAGUCUACCAAAUAAAACCCACCCGUUUGCAGUAUUGAUUCUCCAAUGAAAACUGCACGAACUCGACUUGAAAAGAUACUAAAACUUCUCCUCAAACAUUCACAUUCGUGCCACAAAACCUCUGCGAUCUCCAACCUCAUGUCCCCUCGCACAAUGCAUAUCCCGGCAGUGUCUUAGCAACCGGUAUUGUGGCGUCUUGGAUUACCCCAAAAAGCAGCGCGGAGCCCCCCCCGCGGGGCUGAACAGGGGGAGAGCCCGGGCAGAGAGGGAGCUUCAGGAGGGGAGACGUCAGGGAGGAGUUGAUCUCAGAUGGUCCGGAGGGGCUUUGGUACACGUCUUAAGUCGGGCUUAUGUGAUCGCAGCGCUUUCAUGUUUCUUCCGCUUUUUCAUUUCUUUGUCAGUUUUCCGAGAAAUCAAACGACGCAGAUUCUUCUUUUUAAGUUCUUCCUUUCACUCCUUGUGGCCGAGGCGGGACACGAGUGCGUCACCUUUGCAACUGUUUGGUCCGGUUGCCACGGACACACUGACCGCUCCACCCGCUUCUCCACCACCCUUGUUAAUAUUGCACCCGGAGCGUUUUUUUUUUUUUCUAUCCCUGCACUGCAAAUCUUAAGCUCAAACACAAGUCGCUCUCCAGACAAUAAGCUGUGAUUGGAGAUCCAGAUAGAAGGCUGUUCACAACCUGCACACACACACACACACACUCCUCGGAGCUCUGAUUUGUGCAGUUGAUAGGGUCCAUUGUUUUCCUCAGAGCUGGCCACUAUAUUCCCCGUAAUGUAAUUAAGCCCAGGAGGUUUAUGGCCGCCGUACAGCCGACCAGAACCCGAUCCAUGUUGUGUCUGGAGUCGGCCUGAGAAGCCGUCCCUCUGUCCAGCUGCUCCCGAUCUCUGUGCUCUGCAGCGCUCUUCACUUCCUAAUUGAAAGCUUUGGUCGUCGUCGUCGGCCACGUUUCUCUGUUCCACGUGGAGGUUUAACUUUGUUAUUUCCCUGCUGGGUUUUGCAGCUCGUGUGCUGUUUUUUUUAACUGGUGGCCGAGGGAAACGAUGUGCAUGAGAAAGUUGCACCGGUUUAGCAGGGUUGUAAUCAUUAACGGGAAUGAGCUUUUUAAAGACAGAACACUUUUCACCCUCCCACAGAGCUUCCUCAGGUCCUCCCCCCUCAGUCAGUCGGCUACAAACCCCUGAAGGUGUAUUCUUCAGUCCUUUGUUCUCACUAAGGGUUUCUGUUUCUGUUUUGAGCGAGAAGACGAGUGAAGCUAAAGACUAGAGCUCUUUGGACAUGUCCGCUGCGGAGAGAAGAGGAGCCCCCCCCCCUCGGCGGGAACACCGAGCUUCCAUUAAUCAGGAUUCCAAGUAUCCGCGGAGGCUUCUGGCUCGUCCGCGACACCCGGCCGCCGCGAGCCCCCGGAGGCCCGACGGCCUCCGCCGCGCAUGCCACGCCGACAGGAGCCCAGUAUACGUGUCUUUUGUCAGCAAGGCCACCUUGUGGGAACGAGGACUCUGCCGCCAAACCGCCCACAAACGUCCAAACCACGGUCCCUUAUUGUGUCCACGGUUCUUGUCUCACAUGACCGCCCGCCCCGAGGACCUCAGGCCUCCUUGUGUCCCGAGCUCCGGGUCCAGACCGCUGCCCCCCCCUCGGGAGAAGACGGCGGUAACGCACGCCCUCGCUGCACCGAAGACACAAACGCUGGACGGUUUCUUCCGUCUCCAUCCAGACGGGAGAAGGAAAAGUGCGCCGAUGGCGGGAAGGCGCUCUGCUGCUGUUGUUGUUCCCUGUCCUCCACCCUCCGCUGCCCCACCGCCACGCACCGCCAACCCAACACCGCCCCGCCAAAACUCCCCGCACGGCGACUUCGAGAGGCGGCGAAGAAGCCGGUCGGCAUCUCCCUGCGACGAGCCACCUGCCCCGGGGGGGGGCGUUGAAGUCCGUGAGACGGCUCCGCGACCCGCCGCCGCGUCCCCCCACCCGGGCUGCCGGCUGCCUGCGGAGCCGAAUGGAUCGGAAGCGCCACCGCCGCCGGCGGCCUCCUCCUCCUCCUCCAUCUCACACGGGUCGCUCUCAGAUUUCAGCCGCCCACCGUCCAGCCGGUUCAGCCGCAGCACCGACCUCGCCAGCGGCCGGAGCAGCGUCCUGUCCGGCGCAGAUCUCGGAGACUCGGAGCCAGGAGGCGGCGUUUGCUCCUCACCGCUCCAGCCUCGCCCGGUGACGGGGUCACCCUCGGCUCCUCGCCCUCCGCCGGCAUCCCACCCUCGCCAACCAUCCGCCGAUGCUUCGGCCACCCCUCUCCUCUACGAACCGCUAUUUGGGCAAACCCGACCCCUCUCGCCGCCGUCGACGUCAGGUGGGCUUCGUCAAUCAGAUAACCCUCCGAGCAGGAGCGAAAGCCCCGAUGCGACAAAGUAUCUCCAACCAGUUCCAUCAGAAGCUCCUGGUCCCCACCCAUCCAUGGCCUCCGACCGCGGCCUCGUCGGCCUGGCUUUCCCCUCCGCCACCUGGUCCUCCUGCCCGAGUCCGCAGAGGACCACUCCCCGCUCCUCGGGGUCAGGACCGGCUCCGACCCCUCCUGCGUCGGCGCCCCGUCUGGAGUCUCGUCGCUGGUCCCCGCUGCCUCCCAUCUCCCCUGUCGGAGGACGCUGUGGCACCGCAGCAUCCCGCUACUCCGAGCUCAGCUGCACUCAGUCCCGCGCGUUCGAUGAGCUGGAGGCCAUCGCCCCUCGCUCGCUGUCCUCCCCGUCUCUGGACCGGCUGUCGGACUCCUCCGGGUGCCCUUCACCUGACACAGCAGAGCUGUCUCCGGGCCUGGCGGCGCUGACGGUGGGCUGUGACUCCGGGACCCUGGGCUCUCUGUCCCGGGUGCAGCUGCUCCUCCUGGACCGGCCGCAGCCCGACACCCGGCCGGGUCUGUUCGGCCCGGAAGAGGAGCUCUCGCCGGUGCAAGACUGGCCUCGUCUCGCGAUGCAACAUGAAGGUGGCGUGAGGCCCCGCACAGCUGGCGGCGUCUCUGAAAGGUGUGACUCCGCAGGGAAAGUCCACGAAAACAAAUCGGAGGGGUCCGAAGACGGUUUCUGGCUCUCCGUCUUCGUGGAUCAUCGACCCGGAGUCCAUCGCUCGCCAUGUUCAGAUCCGCCCUCUCCCCUUGCGUGUCCGAUCUCGGUUCCAGCGGAGGGGAAGGGGGCCCCGCCGAGGAGGAGGAGGAGGCCAAUUAUCCGGGAUGGGGGCAACAAGUCGAAUCCUCAGCCGCAGGACGGAGGCCCGCGAGCCUUGAUGGCAGAAGUGAGGAGAGGAAGCGGAGGAUGGAGGAGAGGAAAACAAAGGUGCUGAGCUUGCUCUCCAAGCUGCAGGACGACGGGCCGCGGCAGCCAAAGGGCCACCGGAGCUGCUCCAACUUCCAGGACUUUGACUUUUUGGCAAAGUAUUGCAUUUUCAGUCAGGAGAAGCUGGCCGAGUACAAAAGGGCUUUUGAAGCAGAGGACGCUGAUGAUGACGGCUACAUAUCCUGCCUUCAGGCUCUGCUCGCGCUCAAGAGCGUCAUCCCCGCGGAGCGGCUGUCCGACGAAGAAGAAAUCUACGUCUACAGGGUCGGCACACGCACGCCGAGUCGCUCUGACCGAGUCUCACCCUCAAACUUUAGUCUCGACUUCCCAAAGAAUGUUUCUCGCCUUAUCGUUAUUAAGAUUAAGAGUCCACAGGAUGCUGGAGACACAUCUUUGUCUUUUUCGGUCCAUUCCCUUGUCAACCGGUGCCGAUGACGUCAUCUCCGUGGCCACGCUCGCCGCCUCGACUACUUAUGAGUGUCCUUUUUUUUUUUUUUUUUUGUCUCUG